AUGCUGGGGAUCCUCUGCAGUCUCAUCACUGCUCUAACAUAUGUUGAUGCAGCGAUAACACUGACCCAGAUACCUCCUGUUGAGACCGUUUCAACAGGACAACAAGUUGUUUUAAAAUGCAACAUUCAGAGAUAUGAUGGAAACUAUGUCAACUGGUACAAACAAGUUCCUGGUGGAGUUCCUCAAUAUGUUCUGAGUUUUCACCACUACGAUAGUUCACUCUACUUUGGAACAGGAUUCUCUUCAGACCGAUUCAACUCUAAAUCCACCUCAAGCAUAGAUUAUCAGUUUAUUAUUAAGCAGGCAGAGGCAGGAGACUCUGCUCUUUAUUUCUGUCAGACAUGGGAUGACUCUGCAGAUGAAGCUGUUGUGGUAUUCGGCCAAGGAACCAAGCUGAUUGUAACAGACUCCAGUCUCCCUCCUCCUGUCCUGACUGUCUUCCCUCCAUCCAGUGCUGAGCUGCAGUCCAACAAAGCCACUCUGCUCUGUCUGUCCAGUCAGUCUGCGCCUUUUGCAGAUGUGAGCUGGUUGGUUGGUGGGAGUCCAGUGACCAGUGGGAUCUCUACCAGCACUGCUGUUCAGAGACCAGACCAGACUUUCCACAUCAGCAGUUCUCUGUCCAUCCAGACAUCAGACUGGAACAUGAUUAAUGUUUAUACCUGUAAAGUGUCUUUGGGCUCCCAGACUGCAGAGAAAACCAUCAACAAGUCAGGAUGUCCUGCUAAAGAACAGUAG